AAAAACAAAAUCAGGUGUUCGGUUUGAGGUUUUGAUUUUUAAUUAUUAAAAGAAAAAAUUGAUUGCAUCUUAAAACAAAAUGUCAUUUUGUAGUUGGUUCUUUGGUGAAAAAUAUACAGAUCAUUUUGAAAAAGGCACCUAUGUGUGUUCACAAUGUGGUAAUGAGCUGUUUGAGAGCAGUUCAAAGUUCAAGCACUCAUCACCAUGGCCAUCCUUCUUUGACUUGGUUCGCCCUGAUAGCAUUAUUCGCAGACCAGAAUCGUCAUCGGCUUUUAAGAUAUUAUGCAGUCAGUGUGGGACUGGACUGGGUCAUGAGUUCUUCGGUGAAGGACCAAAUAAAGGGACAUCAAGAUUCUGAGUUUUCAGCCAUGCAUUAAAGUUUAUCGCACAUGAUAAGUGAAUUGUGAGGAUUUCAACAGCCAUUUGCCCAGGGUGGAGACUAAUAUUCCAUAGUAAUAAUUGUUGUAUUGACUUUCUAUAAGAAACAGAAGAAAGGCAACCACGUGUACAGUGUCUUACAGGCAGUGUAUACCCGGUACUAGUCCAGUGUUAUCCCUGUGAUAGUCAUUGUUACAGUGUUGAAAAAUUAUAAAGGACUAUAGAUCAUAAUGUUAUAAUACAAUGUGAUGUUGUGUGGGACCUGCAUCACAGCAUUCAAUAAUUAAAAUCUGUUCCUAAUUAAUCCAAAUACUUUUAUUUAAUGUACAAUUUUUAUGCAGUCUAUUACAGAAAUCCCAAAGGGGAUAGUAUUUAAUUAAUAUUUUAAUAUAGUAGUAGUAUUGCUGGAACAAUAUAAUUAAUGAUAUAUUGAAAGUAGAAGACCACAAGCUGAAAAGGUGGGGAGUGGGCAGAGACUAGGACAGGUAAUGUGCUAAGCUUUUGAAUCAUACAUGUAGAUGCUCGGGAUUAAGGCCAUAUUGAAAUCAUGUAUGUCAAAUUUAGUUGUUCUGUAAUUUGUAUAGUUUACAAAUUUAGCUUGGUUGAAAAAAUAUAAGAUUAUGAGUCAAAAUUCCUAAAUAUUUAUAUAAAAUUGUUAAAUUUUGAUUCUGCCAGAAUCCUGACAAAAAAAUCCACAAAUUCAAUGUGUAAGCAGUUUCCAUUUAUAUAAGAUUUUGAAAAAAAGUAAAAAGAAGAUACCUAGAAUAGUUUACAACUUGGCUAUAAGGUGUCUUCUAAUGGUUAUUGCAGCAGUUAGUGCAAAUUACAGGAAUCCGUAAAUAAAGAAUCUCAUUAUGUAUAUAGAAUCUCAUUAAUACUGGAAUUAUUAUAUCAUGUUAUUUUGCUCUCCCAGGCAAAUGAUGAGCUUCUUUGUGGAAUUUCCUCCUCCAGUCAAUAUUUGUCCAAGGCCAGUGAAACUGUCAUACUCAAAACCCUUGGGGAAAGUUUGACAGUGGAUGACACCUUAACAAAGUUGGCUGUGUAGGUGAUAUUUCUACAAAGAAGCUGUGAUUAUGAAGACUUUAUGAUGUGUUACCUGUAUGAACUUUAUACAUAAAUUGUGUGUGUGUGUGUGUGUGUGUGUGUGCAUGUAUGCACAUGUGUUUGCGUGUGUGUGUGCAUUAAAUGUGAUAUUAACAUCGGCAUAUCUCGGCAAAAAUCUUCUUCUUUUUUUAUCCAUAUUGAAAAAUGCCUGGUGCUGUUAAUAUUAUUUAUCCUACAACCUACCCAUGAUAUCCAUGUCAUAAACCCAUGUGAUAAUUUACUUUAUUAACCCGGUUAAUAAUGGUAUGCAAAUUUGUAAGGUCUCUUAGGUAAUGUGUUG